AUGUCUACUCUGCUAUCGAAUGCAGCAGGACACCUAGUGAGUAGAUUGGCUCUCGAGAUCGACCCCCUAGCGGGUACGAGGGCAAGGAGAUCCAAGUAUAGUGACGAAGCCUACGAGUCAUCGCAUCCAUCGGACAAGGCUGUCCGCCACGGCCCCUUUUUGAGGCCCCUUCGUGAAUGCCGGGCUGAACAGUGGCAAGGGGAGAGAAGAGGCAUGAACGUCGCAUCAACCCCGCAAGCACCCGAGCCUAUCAAGGAUCUCCUUAGCGAUAUGGACGACUGGGAUAAUCACAAAGGGAAUGUGGAUCUAGUGAGGAUUGAGUUAGGGCGGCCGACGCGCAUUGGAGCCAAUUUGGCCAUUCCAGAAUUCGAGUCGCCCCAUUGGGAGACCCACCAGGUCGAUCAGAUGGACCGGCAAAAACACACCGGAGGACCUCCUGGCCCCGUCAAGCACAUUCGAGGAAUUCCGGACAAUAUCCGUCCUGCGAAUGAAGAUCUUCUCUCUUGGGUCGCUCCCGUCUCAUUGGAUCAAUAA